UGCAUGAGAGACAGACUGGGAAUGAGCUGGAGUGGGUGCCUCUCCGCGCACACAGAGCGGGGCAGCAGGGGGAGGAGGGAGCUGCCGCUGCCGCCGGGGAGAGGCGGCGAACUCCGGGCAAAGUUUGGUGCCGCGGGACCGAGGCGCUGAGGCACCGGCGGAGCGGAGCAGAGCAGCGCAGCGCCGGGCCAGGCCAGGCCAGGCCACCGCCGCCCGGGGCCGGGCUUUGUGCUGCCUGCGGCGCGGCGGGGCCUGCGCGGAGCAGAGCGGAGCGGAGCAGCGCGGGGGGCGGCGGGGCCAGCGCGGAGCCAGCCGCGGGGCGCUGCCGGGCGAGCCAGCAUGUCCUCCAUCCUGCCUUUCACUCCUCCCAUCGUCAAGCGGCUCCUGGGCUGGAAGAAAGGGGAGCAGAACGGGCAGGAGGAGAAAUGGUGCGAGAAGGCGGUGAAGAGCCUGGUGAAGAAGCUGAAGAAGACCGGGCAGCUGGACGAGCUGGAGAAGGCGAUCACCACCCAGAACAUCAACACCAAGUGCAUCACCAUCCCCAGAUCGUUAGAUGGCCGGCUCCAAGUGUCUCAUCGGAAGGGUCUUCCCCAUGUGAUCUACUGCCGGCUGUGGAGAUGGCCAGACCUUCAUAGCCACCAUGAGCUGCGGGCCAUGGAGAUGUGCGAGUAUGCCUUUAACAUGAAGAAGGAUGAAGUCUGUGUGAAUCCUUAUCAUUACCAAAGAGUGGAAACCCCAGUGUUACCUCCAGUGCUGGUGCCUCGGCACACAGAGAUCCCAGCUGAGUUCCCGCCGUUAGACGAUUAUAGCCAUUCUAUUCCAGAGAACACUAACUUCCCAGCAGGUAUAGAGCCACAGAGCAACUACAUUCCAGAGACACCUCCUCCAGGCUAUUUGAGUGAGGAUGGAGAAACAAGUGACCACCAGAUGAACCCCAGCAUGGAUGCAGGUUCUCCAAACUUAUCACCAAACCCUAUGUCUCCAGCACACAAUAAUCUGGAUCUGCAGCCUGUUACCUACUGCGAGCCGGCGUUCUGGUGCUCGAUAUCCUACUAUGAACUCAACCAGCGAGUGGGAGAGACUUUCCACGCCUCUCAGCCCUCUAUGACCGUGGAUGGUUUCACUGACCCCUCUAACUCUGAACGUUUCUGCCUUGGUUUACUGUCCAACGUGAACAGAAACGCAGCAGUGGAGCUCACAAGACGACACAUUGGAAGAGGAGUAAGACUCUACUACAUUGGUGGAGAGGUCUUUGCCGAGUGCCUUAGCGACAGUGCCAUUUUUGUCCAGUCUCCCAACUGCAACCAACGCUACGGCUGGCACCCAGCAACAGUCUGCAAGAUUCCACCAGGAUGUAACUUGAAGAUUUUUAACAACCAGGAAUUCGCCGCUCUCUUGGCUCAGUCUGUGAAUCAGGGCUUUGAAGCUGUGUACCAGCUGACCAGGAUGUGCACGAUUCGGAUGAGCUUUGUCAAGGGAUGGGGAGCAGAAUAUAGGCGGCAGACUGUGACCAGUACUCCCUGCUGGAUUGAGCUGCAUCUGAACGGCCCUUUGCAGUGGCUGGACAAGGUCCUCACACAAAUGGGCUCCCCCAGCAUUCGUUGUUCCAGCGUCUCCUAAGGAAACAUCUCCUGGGGAUGGGUGGGGGGAGCAAAGACUGGAAAAUGGAAUUGGCUUAACCCUUAGUAAAACACAUAGUAAACGAAUUCCCAGUUACUGAAGUGAUGAGAAAACAAUCUGCUAAAAAGAAAGUGGGUUUUCUUUGUUUUGUUUUGUUUUUAUAAACUGAAUACCCAUUUAAGCCACUUCCACUGAAACCAUUAGCACUUUGGUUCCAGCGCUCUGGGCCUUUGCAGUUAGAAUUUGAGGCUGAAGUUUAUCAUGAUGAAGAACUGGACUUUGUUUCAGCAGAGAGGAGGCAGUGCUCUGCCUCCGGCCGCCUGCUCUGCGCUGCUGUGAGCAUUUGGGAGCUGCUGAGGGAUCAGAGGAAGCUUCCCAUUUGCCUCACACAGCUCCAGGCUCAUGUCAUGCAGCGCCUCUGAAAAGCCAGAUACCGUGGGACUUUGGGAUGAGCCUUUCUUGUGCAUUCCCAUCACCAUCCACCCAAUCCAUGCCUGUCCUCCCUGGGAUUGCAGCAGGAAGGGGGAAAAGGAAGCAUCUAAAGCACAGAGGACAACUAAUUCCCCCAAUAAUGCUCCAAAAAGGAAUGAAUUUCCCACGCUGGACUGCUAACAAGGAGACGGAGUCUUGUUUCACGCCUGAGGGAUGCAGCUGAUACCCUGAUGGUCUCAGACUGGAUUGACAUGAAGUAAAAGGCCAAACUGAAGGCUCCUCUGAUAUUGCUGCAGCGAUGUUUGGCUAGAGCUGCUCACAGACAGACAUUUGUCACAUGCAGAGCUCUGCCUAAGUUAAGCCUUCCUUACCCUGCAGUCAGUGUGCGUUAACCACCAAAAGUCUGUAUUCUAUUUUCUCAGUCUGUUGGAUGGGAUCUGCCACUUCUGGAGACUUCAGGGCUCCGUGACUUCAGUGUCCAGGUCUGCUCUUGUGAUGGAAAUGAACAGGCCCUCACGGCCGCUUUCAGCAUACGCAAUUGAAUAGGUAGUCCCAUGCUGUCACAUGUGACUGCACAUGAACCAGGACGUCUCAGACACAAAUCCCCUCUGUUUAAAACGUAUUUCAGCUGAUUCAAAUGCUCUGAGAUGUGCUUUUGCCUGGAGAAAUUGGGAGAGAGUGUAUUUACUUGUAUUAUAAAACGUUCAUUUUAAACAUACAUGCUCCAGACUGUUUAAUAUUUUUUUCCCUGCAGCAACUGUCAUGGCAAACAACUCCCACAACUGGAAAAAACCAACCCUCAGCACUUGUUUUUAUGGUUCACAUUUGCCAAAUAAGUCUCAUAACUUUGUCAGUGCUAUCUAAUUAUCUGUUUCUUUAUAUCUGUAUUGAAUAUCAUAUGCAUUUGUGCCAAACUGUUAGAAGGGGGAAGGGAGAAAGUGAUAAUCAGAUUCCUAUGGAAAUCUUUUUUGUCUUUUUUGGUUUUAUAUACAAAAGGCAAACACAGGAGCUAGAUCUGCCUCUGGGAAGGACAGACCCGGGUGGACUUUUGUGUUCAGGCUUUAGUCCUGUUGUGCUCCCAGAUGCAAAACCAAGCAGCACCACCGAGUUCAGCAGCAGUUUUCCUGCAGUGCCAGGUUGUGGUUUGCAGCUCCAGAGCGCCGCAGUCCCACAUGGGUGCCAACUGCAGUAGCAUUUCAAGCACCCAUCAGGAAUUCCCAAGUUACCUGCCUGUCUAUAGAGGCUUUUCCUUUGAGACCACUCUGAUAUCAAGCCCACUGCCUGGUCUGCAAAAACCCAACGCUCUUGGAGCUGAGCAUCAGCAAAACAGGGCAUGAAACACCCCAUGUUCAGCAGACCCAGGAACAGACCAUCUGUGAGGCUCUCUGCUGGAGUUUGUUCUACCAGGCACACCAAGGGAUGCUGUAGAGAGAUUUCUCCUGGAAACAAGUGACAUUUUGUACAUGAAAUUGGAAUUCCGAGGAAGACACACAGUGGUGGACAGGCUCCUGAACCAUCCAGGAAUAUCAUCUUGUGGAAUCUGGACUGGAGCUCUCACUGUGCCACAUGGCUUGUAUCAUAGCGCUGGAGGUUCUCUAGGACUUUCAUUGUUUCAAGCUUUUGUAAUGUGUAUGAUUUUAGUUAAACCUCUGAUUGCAUGGACCUGUGCAAUAAGAGCAGCUGUAUAAAAUAGUGUUUUCUAGCCACUUAAACAGUAGGUCUGUCCGUCGUUGAGGAUGGAUUUGGCAUGUUCUUUCAGAUGCAGGUUUCUAACAUGGUCACAAGCAAAAAUUUAUCCUGGCUUUUGUGGAAGUAUCUGACUUUGAGAAGAGUUUUAGUGAGGGGGGGGGAAAGAUCUGCUACGUAAGAUGGCCCCAGGUUUCCUCCCUGAGCAUCUUUAAGUUGUAUUUGCUCAUUUUAGCCAACAAACAGUUUUCAUUGUCCACAUAAUCCUGGAGGAAGUUGGACCCUGUGGAGCCUUGUGCGUUAGCAACAGAAAUGACAUCUUAAAUUCCAGUGUCAGGUGAUGGUGUGUGCAGGGACCUGGCCUGACCCAGAGGCUGCAAGCUGGAAUGAACCCUGACCAUAGCACGAAGCCAAACUAAGAUUUGGGCCUGGAUUUCUGGUAGGAACCAGAUUUAUAUCUUCUACUUGAUAAAAGAUAAUUAAUUGCUGUUACUAAUAGCUGCCUUUUGAAAAAUGGGAUUUGGGUUGUGCAUAAAAACUUUGGUUAAUCUCACCUCAUCGUCCCCCAAGUAAAAUCAUUUCAAAUGGAAAAUGUAAGCUGGUCUAGCAGCAGUUAGAUAAAAUGGAGAGGAUUAUCUCCACUAAAGUAUGAAUUUCCUCCCCUCCCCUUUGUUUGCUUUCUCACUAAUUCAUAAAAGCUUUACGGUUUCUAAAGUUACCUUAUAAAGUCAAAGGGAAAGUCCUGGACCAUGCAAAGAGAGAGGCUGGGGAAGGGCUGGGAUCCAGGGGAUGGUGUGGUCGAGCUUCCUUUGAUGUUGCACAGCUGAAGUGGAUGGGGCAGAUGAAAGCAAAUUCCCCUUUAGAUGAGAAACCUGCUCAAUCGCGCCGUUGGCCGGGACACUAAUGCGAGGGAAGAGGCGGCGUUUGGCCGGAGAGGACGGCGGGUUUCCCUGUUUCCCUAAAACUUUACGGAAGUAGCUUUGGUAUGUAGCACAAAAGUACGCAGUCAGCCACGGCCUAGCUUAGAUUCCAUGCCUGUACUGGAAAAUCUUCUCAUUUAGUGGUAGUCUUGGCUAGUUUUACCAUAUUUCAUGCAUUUUUGUUACUAGUAGAGAGUCACUAGCAGGAACUUGGACUCUUUUAAAUUGGUGUAGCCACACACAAGGGCCUGGCUGCUGGCAGAUGACACUGAUGGCCUUGUGGUUUUACAUGACUGUGGUCUUGUUCUGUUUGGGGUUUUUUUUAUUAUUAUUAUUAAUGUAUUGAACUGAAUUUCGGUUUGUAUUUUGUGUUAAGCUUAGAAGUAAUCCAGUGCUGUUCAUUUGAUUUAAUUUCCAGGAAUCAGCAUGGCUGUGUACAAAGGUGGAGAAAUCUAACCGUAACAGAUCUCCCCAACGCUCUGGCUACCCCUCCAUGCUUGGAAAGGCUGGGGGUAACCUCAGAGAAAGAAUUACAGAGAAGUUAGUUUCCUCUCCCCUUAAGGAUCAGCAUAGUGCGAACCACGCGGAGUCCUUCGCAGGGUGAAGAACACCCAGGACUCCAGCAAGUGUUGACACAGCGCCUUGUCCUACUUACUAGCCGGGAGAGCACAGGGAGGAAGAGGAGCGCAGCUCAGUGGAGGAUUGCAGCCACAUCACAACACACCCGUGAGCUUCCCAGGUCUCUAAGGUACUGGAUAGGGAGGAGGAAUGGGAUUUCACAAAUAAGCUGGUAAGCUAGAAUGAGACAUAAUUAGUCACUCUAUCGUAGCUGAUUGAGCGGUAUGGUUAAGAAGUUCAGUAGAUGUUUUUUAUCAUGUACGUGCUUUUGUAUUUAUGUUGUCUUUCUGGAAUAUUCAGAUGAAUCAAAUAUUUAAUUUUGAACAGAAAGGGCAAAUAAGGACCCAGAGUAACGAACCUUUCAGAUGUUCCUUUCUGGUGAUUGCUAGAAAUUAGGCAGUUUGAUGUGAGAAUAAGAGAAUCCCUCAGACCUGAGCAACAACCCCUGGUGACUAGAGCAGAGCAAGGACUUCCCCAGCAGGAGCCUUCACCCAAGUUGCUGUUGUACCUUUUAACACCCGGUCAGGUUCCAGAGUUGUGCUCUGCAGGUCUGCUCUGAGGUAUGAGGCUUUAAAAAGACAAUAACGAAUUACUCCAUAAAUGUUUUUGGUUCAUCUUACAUUUCCUCCAGUACGUGGCUACUAGAGGAGCCUGCACCAGGCCCUGCUGCUCACUCUCCCCGUGGCAGCAUCCCGCUUUCCACCUUUGAUGGAUAUGUACGAGCAUGUUUGCAUUAGUUUAGACUUUCUUAACCUGAGAUUGUAUGUUAAUGGGCAGUGAUGCCUCCUACGUGCUUUAGCUUGUUACGCAUUAUCACCUAUUUUGUUACUAAAGGCCUGUACUCUGUAUGCCCUCCUCUUUCCUAUGUGAAACUGUAAGUUCUAUUUUUGACAUUUUAAUAAACUUUGAUUGGAAAACGGA